AUGGCCUUAAUGGCACAGAAACGUAUCUUUGUUGUCUUCAUGAUCAUCAUCAUCAUGGUUUCACUUCCAUCAACAGCAUUGGGAGGGAGGAAGAGCAAGAACUUUGUCGAGUAUGCAGCUCCUUCAGCAACCAUGACCAAGGAAUAUUAUGCAUUAUCUGAGAAUAGAGCUGAUGAAGUUGAUGGCAGUCAUGCUGUUCGUUGGAGGAUGUUGAUGAAGGUGGACACACAGGAUUAUGGACCUGACAAUCCAGCUCCAUCUCUUCCAUCUCUUCCGGAGCCUCCUCCAAGACGUAUCUCUCGCGGCCCCCCUAAUAGAAGUGACUAUACAACUCCAUUAGGAAGUGACGAUCCAACUCCAACUCUUCCGGAGCCUCCUUCCGGAUGUAUCCCUCACGGUCCCCCUACUGGAAGUGACGAUCCAACUCCAUUAGGAAGUGACGAUCCAACUCCAACUCUUCCGGAGCCUCCUUCCGGGCGUAUCCCUCAUGGUCCCCCUAAUGGAAGUGACGAUCCAACUCCAUUAGGAAGUGACGAUCCAACUCCAACUCUUCUAGAGCCUCCUUCCGGGCGUAUUCCUCACGGUCCCCCUAAUGGAAGUGAUGAUCCGACUCUAUUUGGAAGUGACGAUCCAACUCCAUCUCUUCCGGAGCCUCCUUCCGGACGUAUCCCUCAUGACCCUCCUAAUGGUUAG